AUUGCAGCAGCUUCUGGCCUUGCGAUCGUUGCGCCUUCUUCUGCAUUGCUACACUCUCAGACUAGUGUUGGAAACUUUGGCGUCUUCUCCAUCUUGCAUACAGGUGAAUUCUGCAGCACUUCUGUUUCUUCUGUCAGCAAGUGCGGCACUACUUGUCGUAUCACAAGGAGCGCAUUCCCAUAGAGGACGUGCAGAUUGUAAUUCUUAGUAGUGCUGCAAUCAUGGUGUGUGGCAGGGCUAAGGUUCGCUUGGCCAUCACAUCACUCGGGUAGAAGAUACAACAAUUACACCAAAGGCUAUUAGUCAAAGUUUUUGUCUAGAUUGCUGUCGUCCCAAUGACGUCUAAGCUGUCCGAGAUUGAGGCGGAACCGCUGGAGCUCUCACGAGCUGGACGUGAGGUCUGGCUUGCCAAAGUGCCGCACUUUGUUUCAGAGGCUUGGAGGAGCCCCGCCAGCGGAGCUGCUGAUGUCGGCAGGCUGCGCAUGGUGGUGGACCCCACGGCGGAGCCAGGGACGCCGGCCGCGGCACCGCAGAUGACUGUCCAUGUGACGGGGAACGAAGCUGCCGCCAUGCCGCGCGAGUUCCAGCUCAACAUCCACUCCGGAUUCGCUCCCAUGCAACUUUUCUCCGAAAGUACACAGGGGCAGGUGGCGGUGGAGGGCCGGAUUACGGCCAAGUUCGACAUGCAGCCGCGCAGCGUCGACGCGGCGUACCACCGGCUGUUCCAAGACAGGGUCAUCAAGGCCACCUCCAAAACUCGGUACUCCCAGGUUUUGGACGAGGAUCGACGAACGGGCACGACGAUCAUCCCGAUCAACGACGAGCGGGCCAAGGGGCUGGCGCCGCUCGCGCCCGGGGCGAAGAAGUCGGACACGCGGAGGGCGCGUGACCUGAGCACGGACGACCUGCGGGACCUGCUCUUCUCGCUGUUCGAGCGGAAGCAGCGGUGGACGCUCAAGGACCUGGUCGCGGAAACGCGACAACCGCACUCGUUCUUGAAGGAGGUUUUGAACGACGUGGCUGUGUACAAUAAGCGGGGCGAGUUCCAAGGAUCGUACGAGCUGAAAGCGGACUUCAAGCCCGUCGAAGACGGCCAGGCGGGGCCCGUGAAGCAGGAGCUGUAAGGCGCAGGCGGACGUUCUCGGACAGCCAGUAGAGCAGAAAUACUUUCUGGUUGACAGGUUUUCAUUCCUCAAACACCGGAAAGCAGGUGGGAGGUCUUUGUUAUAGAGAUGUCUGCUCGCGAUUAAGUGGACCAUGGCUAGACGGAACGAGGACAAUCUACUCAGAAGAUGAGGGCCUCGAAGUGGAGGUUUCUUGUGGACCCGCUUAUCUGUAUGAAGCUGUCAACUAAGUGUACAUGAUGAGAAUGACAGGAGACCAAAUUAGGGAUACUGUAACUUUGCGCUGUGGUUGAGAAAAGACCGCGUAGUUGUGAGAAUUGCAGAGUCUGGUUGGAAAGAAGAUUGGGGACGAGUCAUGCACAUUUCAGCAUGGACCUAGAGUGUUGGCAGGCUGGCCAGCCGACUUAGACCUCGCACAGCUCUCGACAGGGCUGCAUGCAUGUGAAUUCCUUAUGUCAAACAAGCAU